AUGGCCGCAUCCGCCACCGUCUCCGGCGGUGCGCUGUCGGAUCUAACUCACCCAACCCCCUUUCUCGGCCUGAAACUCUACGCCCUGCUCCUCAUUUUAGUUAUAAUGGCGGUGGCAACGGUGCUCCUGAUCCUCCUCUGCGUCCGCCGGAGCUCGAAGAAGCGGAAAAUGCGAGUGAAGCACAGCUCCGGCGCGAUCCCGCUGGUGUCGAAGGAGAUCGUGGAGGUGAAUGCUCUGGAGCUGAAAAUCGAAGAGGUGGAUGAGGAGGAUCCGAAGAAGAAGGAGACGGAGCUUGAAGAGAGUGCGUCGGUGGAGUCACCGAACAUAGGGUGGGGACGCUGGUAUAGCCUCAGAGAGCUUGAGAGUGCGACGCAAGGGUUCGCGGAAGGGAAUGUGAUCGGAGAGGGAGGGUAUGGGAUUGUGUACAGAGGAGUUUUGCUCGACGGUUCUGUCGUCGCUGUCAAAAAUCUUCUCAACAACAAGGGGCAGGCAGAGAAAGAGUUUAAGGUGGAGGUUGAGGCCAUUGGAAAAGUGAGGCAUAAGAAUUUGGUGGGGUUAGUUGGAUAUUGCGCAGAAGGGGCUCAAAGGAUGCUUGUUUAUGAAUAUGUUGACAAUGGAACAUUGGAACAGUGGCUGCAUGGUGAAGUAGGACCUGUUAGCCCCUUGACAUGGGAUAUAAGAAUGAAGAUUGCUGUUGGGACUGCGAAAGGGCUAGCGUACUUGCAUGAAGGAUUAGAACCCAAAGUUGUCCACCGAGACGUAAAAUCCAGUAACAUUCUUUUGGACAAAAAGUGGAAUGCUAAAGUAUCAGACUUUGGACUGGCCAAGCUCUUGGGGCCUGAGAAAAGCUAUGUGACAACGCGUGUAAUGGGGACAUUUGGAUAUGUGUCACCUGAGUAUGCAAGCACGGGUAUGCUUAAUGAGGGCAGCGAUGUGUACAGUUUUGGGAUUCUACUUAUGGAGUUAAUUACUGGAAGGAGUCCCAUUGAUUAUUCUAGACCACCUGGAGAGAUGAACUUGGUUGAUUGGUUUAAGGGAAUGGUUGCAAGUCGUCGUGGUGAUGAGCUAGUUGAUCCUUUAAUAGAUAUUCAGCCCUCUCAAAGAUCUUUGAAACGAGCUUUACUGGUUUGUCUGCGCUGUAUAGACUUGGAUGUCAGUAAGCGACCAAAGAUGGGCCAAAUUGUUCAUAUGCUCGAGGCUGACGAUUUUCCCUUUCGUUCUGAACAUCGAGCAAAUAGAGAGAAAGAUCCCGUUCAUUCUAAUUCUGCUUCUAGCAAGAUUCCAUAUCCAACAAGGCAUAUAGAGCCCGUAGAUAAAUCAAGCUGGAGAUGA